GACGGCCAGACAGGUACCAUCCCGUUUGCUAGCCGGAUGGACGAUCGCGCGGUACAGAUCGGUGCGAGCGCGUAAGAGUUACAGAGAAGAGAUUUUCCAAGUGCGACCGGUUUCGGCAGCUAGUCCCGCGAGAGAACGAAAUCCUGGUACCGCCGAUGCCGCCUGUAGGCUGACGGUCGACGAGUGCAGUAACGCGCGCGAUAAGAAGAGAUCGAGACACGCGAGGUCGGUGCACCGGUUCGAAAUUUGAGAUCGCGUACGUAGCGUGGCACGAUUCAUGCCGGCGAAUCGAUUGGCAAGACGCAAGCAAGUUCAGUGAAGAAGUGCGGAGGAGAUCAGUGAUCUCUCUCUGAAGGGGAAGCCACGCGGAAGGGACGAUCCGACCACGACAGAAGGGCAAGGUCACGUUUCCUCUCUCGCGCGGAAAGCGAGACCGGAACAGCGGACCCCGUCGUCUGCCGGAAUUAAAACAACGUUAUGAGACGCGCUUAACGUGCCCUCUCGGUUGCACCAAGGUUAAUGCGCUGCACGAUGGUUGCUAGGAAAGGUGUCUGUCUGCUGUUCAUCUUUCUUACUCUGACAUGCGUCUUUUCUCACUCCUGGACGCUUCAAAAUGAAGGUAGAAAACUGUUCGGCGGCUACACGAUAUUGCCGAAGGUGUGCCGGCCGUCGUUGCCGUCGCGCAUCAAGUCGAACGAGCCGGCGAUAUGCAUGUUUAAUUACGAAUGCACACGGCGUAACGGCGAGGUCGUCGGCGCUUGCAUGGACGGCUUCCUUUUCGGUGCGUGCUGCCAAUUACCGCCGAAGAACACGACGAACGGCAGCGACGAUCUGUCUGAGGCCGAGCAACUUCUCGAUCAUGCGUCGUCUAUGCAUCAGCUCGACCACGUACCCGACAUACCUAUCUUGCUGAAUCCGGACGGCACGCCGAUUGGUAUGUCGGUGUCGCCGAGCGAAGAGACUACGAAGACCGACAAGCCGACCAUCUCGAGCGGCAGCGAAACGAUAUACACGAAGAUCUCGAGUUCGAAUCAAGUCUCUUCGCCGACACUAUCGUCGCCCGAUAUGGCAAACAAUGCCGAAAAAAUACAAUUGCCCCAACAGGCGGACGUAAGUCACUUGGCCGAGGACUUCCCGGCUCUUUUGGGUCAGCAGAAUGUCAUCGAUGACCUGAGAUUACCAGGAUUGUUGACGAAUUCAGAUUCUAAUGAUAUCCAGAGUCAGGAUUCAUCGGCGGCGAAACCAAUCACCACGUUGCUAAGUCCCGAUCAGAUUCUGCAAAUAGCGGACCCGGUCGAUCAACUUCCGGCGUUGUUCUCGCACGGACUGAGCCAGCAUAAUCAUAGCGAUCCAGAGACGAUAUUACUGAAUGAGAACGGUACGGUGCUCGAGGAGAUCAACAAUCCGGACGAGAUCUUCCGGCCGUCCUCCACUGAAAUGCCGAUUGAUAAGGCCACGCAAGAUGGAAGCACGUGGAUCAAAUUUUCGGAACAGCCUGAAUCUUCUACGAUGAUGUCCACGUCGCAAGCUCCCAAAUCGACAUCCGCAGUAACGAAUAUGCCCGUGGUGACUCAGAUGUACACCAACAUGCAAAAGCUUACGAGUGAUCUACCUAGCACACCGCUGGCAUUCGAGAAGACGAGCACAGUCGAGAAGAGAAUAUCUACGAAAAUGGCGACAGAUUCAAUAAAGAUCGAAGCUACCACACCAAUGACCUCCUCCAGUAUCAAAGACGAUCUGGUGAAGGUACCGACCAUUAUAUACGACUUGCCGUCGGGCAACAAGAAGAAGGAUGACGUCCUCGACAAAGAGGAGAUCGCCAUUAAUCACAUAAUCUCCAUCCUGAACGACACUACGCCGAAUUCGGACGUAUCGGUGACACUCCCGGUUCCCAAUUCCUCGCCGGUGCAGGCCUGGGUGAGUAUUGACGAGACCUCGAAGCCCACUCAUCACAUCAAAGUCAGUUCUUCGAAUUAUCGACCCACAACUCCCGCAUCCUCGACUUUCCCGUACAGUUUUUACAAACCUGGUUCCAUACAGCCUAAACCUUCAUCGACAUACUACAACUACGAGCACGUGCCUACCGAGACGAGUUACACGUCGCAUCACCCGACGUCGGGCGGCCCAUACGGUUCACGACCGGCUACGCAAACUUACUCCGACGCUUCCAGCGGCACUUACAACCGACCUACGACGAACCCUCCGGCGCCGACCGUGAUAGUCCUCGGUCCGCUUGGAACGAGCUUUACCACGCAAACCACUCAGAAACCUGUUACGAGGAAGCCUUCGGGCACAACCAUCAGGCCCGCUUCAAUUUCGAUUAAAACUACUCCCGUUAGACCCAUCACGCUAAUCACCAAGAAGCCUAGCGGGUCCACAACCAUAACUCACAACAUCAGCACCGUCAUUUCCAACGUCAACAACAACAACGUGGUCUCUACUAGUUAUAUCAGCGUCAACCUGAAGGACGGCACCAGCGCGAGACCGACGGUCGAUGUCAGCACCGAGGCGAUCGCGGCGCAAACCUCAAACACGAAGAAUCGGCCGAGCACGAAGAGACCUGUGAUUUGGACCACGGUUUCCUCAUGGUCGAGCAAACCGACGUUCAAUCUGAGGCCGUCGACGUCCGGCGUCAAUAAUUGGUCGAACUUGACGCCGGUUAAUAAUGUUAUAUUCAAAGAUACCGUGAGGACUACCACCGCCGCACCUUGCGACGACGAGACUGCGGCACCGGACGACCUCAUCAACUUCCCGCCGGUGCGGAAUCCAAAUCUCAACAUCUCGAUGCCGAUCUCGCAGCAGGAGAAGCCGACGAUCGUCGAGACGUACAACAACACCGGCUAUCCAGAUAUCGAGCUGAUCAGCGAGCACGAUAUCCCGACGCCCACGUUCGUCGAGGACGACGUGCUGACGAACAAAGUCGAUGCUUUUGUUAACAAGCUGGUCGAGUCGCUGCAGGGUACCUUUGGGAAUCUGCAAGAAAUGGUCUACACUCGAAAUGCCACCGGGGAGACAACUUCAACAACAUCUUCUACCGCAACGAAAAGACCGACAGGUGGAAGCACCACGACAAAAAGACCUACGCGAAGGCCCACAGCUAGACCGUCCUCGUCGUCGUCGGCGACGACGAAGAGGCCAUCCGCGACCACGAGGAGGCCCACACAGAAACCGUCGUCCCCCGAGAGGCCCACGCGUCCCACUAAGGUGACUACUCCGAAACCUAAACCGAGCACAUUGCAAAACGCCACGACAAAAAGGCCCCAAGUAACGACGAGGCGUCCGACGAAGCCGACCAGGAAAACCACGACAGCUGCGCCGGCCAGUAGCACGGAGGCGAUCCUAGAAGAACAGAGUCUGAACACGACCGAAAGCAGCGUUGCAGAAACUUCGGAUGCCGUACCCAACUUUCGGACUCAAUGCGGCGUGAGACCUUUGGUCUCGAGAUCGGGAAAAAUAGUCGGCGGAAAAGGCGCGCAGUUCGGAGAAUGGCCAUGGCAGGUCUUGGUUCGCGAGGCGACCUGGCUCGGCUUGUUCACGAAGAAUAAAUGCGGAGGUGUGCUUAUCACUGAUAAAUAUGUGAUAACAGCGGCCCAUUGUCAGCCAGGCUUCCUGGCUUCUUUGGUCGCGGUGUUCGGCGAAUACGACAUUUCGGGGGAGCUGGAGUCGAAGCGCAGCGUAACGAAAAACGUACGCCGCGUCAUCGUGAACCGCGGUUACGAUCCGGCGACAUUUGAGAACGACCUGGCGCUUCUGGAGCUCGAGUCGCCGGUGCAGUUCGACGAGCACAUCGUGCCGAUUUGCAUGCCGGAGGAAGGCAUCGACUUCACCGGCCGAAUGGCGACAGUCACGGGCUGGGGCCGACUUAAAUACAAUGGUGGCGUGCCGUCGGUGCUGCAGGAGGUCCAAGUGCCCAUAAUAAAGAACUCGGUUUGCCAGGAGAUGUUCCAAACCGCCGAUCACGCGAAAUUGAUUUUGGAUAGCUUCCUCUGCGCUGGAUACGCUAAUGGCCAGAAGGAUUCUUGUGAGGGUGACAGUGGUGGCCCGCUAGUGAUGGAACGACCGGACGGCAGAUGGUUCCUAGUCGGGACCGUUUCUCACGGCAUUAAAUGUGCGGCUCCGUAUCUACCGGGUGUGUAUAUGAGGACGACUUUCUUCAAGCCCUGGCUGCACAGCGUCACCGGAGUGGUCUGAGAAGCUGGGCCGCGUUCGUCAUCUCACGUUCUCGCGUAGUAAUUACGCGAGCGGCACCGAAUGCCAUUCUGUAUAAAUGUACAAAAGAAGCUUAAUUUAUUUCCCCUCGAGAUAGAAACGUACGAAACUCAAUUAAGUAACACAACCGCAGAUGUAACUGGACUUGAAUGUCAGAGGGCUGUAUCGAUUUCUGAAUAACGAGACGCCCCCUUCUCUUACGUAGCCGUUAUUUCUUUCAACGUUUUCGUUCAACGCAAUGGAAGUAACACUUGCAUAUACAGCAGCAACUUAUAGCAAGUAAACUUCAUUGUAGAAGGAGAGAAUGAGAGAGAAAGAAGAAAGAGAAGAAGAGAGGAACAAAAAGGAGGAGGAUGAAGAAACAACAGUUCAUCGACUUGAAUCUCAUCAGUUUCAUCAACUUGAAGUUAUUUAAAUUUCGAAAUAGAAUUCUACGAAACUGUCUGCGGCAAAACACUGCUUCUUGGCACGUGACCAGUGCCCGAAGUUGCAUUUAUGCGUAUCAAUGUUUAAAUUCGUCCUUAUGCGUGUGUAUACGUAUUCGCAGAGUCAGCAUUGAAGUGGGUUUAGAGGUUCUAUCAAAAAUUCUAAACUAUUAUCACAUCGGGAGAUUCUUAUCGCUUCCUUUACAUCCUUCUACGAUCGAAGAAACAGACGCAAAUAAUUCACGAUUUACGUCAAUACUCUAUAUAGCGAACUCCUUUCACUAAUUUGAAACCGACAUUUCUUUAACAAAAAUCUUUAACAAAAGAAUUCUUAUAGUUAAAAAUAAUUCAUAACUUAGAAACGAUUGACUAAUAUAGUUCUAAUUAAAGAAAAGUCGACUCCAAAUUGAUGAUACCUCAAAUCAGCAUAACAAUCUCGUCAUCGAAAACACAUGAGCAAAUUUUGGAUAUGAAUGAAUUAUACGAAUGAAUUUCGAAUAUUUGACAUAUAUCUCUGCCUACUCCGUGAACAUUCGCGCCGGCUCUGUGAUACAUACAUAAAUGGAUAAAGACGAGCUGCAAGCCCUAUUUAUUUUAUUGUUAGAUGUUAUUUAUUAAAUACAUUUUAUACGAUAACAA